CCAGCCUACUGCGGCUGCUCUGCUCCCCUCCCCUGCCGCUCUGCUUUUCCACCUCCCCCACCCUCUCUCACCUCUCACCUGCUUUUCUCCUCCCCCUUCCAAUCAACCCAAUCUCAUCUCCACCCUCCCAAUUCCAUACCCGUCCCCCGUGUCCUCCCUCCUCUGUUCCGGUGUGUUCCCCUAGCUUAGCUUCCUGUUCAGUUCCGCUUGCUUGGGUGGGUGCUUCUUCUUUUUUGAAAUGGAGGGUGGGUGCUUCUUGGUUCCUGUUGCUGUUCUCUCCCUCGCUGCUCACCUAUCCGUGUCGUCUCGUCCCCUUCCUCCCGCCUCCUGCUACCGCUUCCCUUGAGGAGGUCAAAGCGCCUCCAAGAUUAGCUUUGCUGCUGCGUCCUGGAGGAGAGGAGCCCGAGCGGCAAGAAUCAAGAAGAAGAAGAAGGGCCGAGAGAGACAGGAGGGAGGAAGGGAGGCAGAUACUGCUGGUACGGCUGGACAAGGGUGAGGCCUUGGUGGAGGAAAGGAAAGGAAAGGAAGGGAAGCCCUUGCCUGCUCCCUCGGGGCAUUCAAUUGGAGGCUACAGCGGGCGGGUAGGCGGCAGCUACAGCACGGCGGCCGCCAUAAAUUAGCGAGCUCCCCGCGCCGGCCCGGCCCCUGCCCGUCGUCUCCGUCCCGAUCGACUCCUCGAUCACGCGGACGCCCACCGGAGCAUGCGCGCGGCGGGCCUCGGCCGGCGAAGCAGCAGCAGCAGCGCCGUCGGGAGGGCGAUGUAGCUCCUUGUCCCGCGACGAGAUGACCGGCACGGCUCGCGGGGGCAGGCGCGGCGGCGGGGCGGGGAUGGAGGAAAAGGGCGAGGCGGCGGGGCUGGGCUUCCUGGGGCUGGACAGGAUGCGCCUCCUGCUGCCGCUGCCCAUGCCGGAGAAGCUGUCGGCGAGGACGCUGCGGACCCACCUGUCCAGCCACUUCAUCAACUGGCGCUGGCGCUGGGUGUGGGAUCGCUGCCGCUGGCUGCUCACCUUCUGGGUGCUCCUCUGGGUGGCCAUCUCCGUAGGGAUCUUCUGGUACAUGAGCAACCAGGCCGUCGAGAAGCGCCGGGAGUCGCUCCAAAGCAUGUGCGACGAGCGCGCGCGGAUGCUGCAGGACCAGUUCAACGUCAGCAUGAACCACCUCCAGGCACUCGCCAUCCUCGUCUCCACCUUCCACCACUCCAAGACCCCAUCCGCCAUCGACCAGAGGACGUUCGCCAGGUACGCGGAGAGGACGGCGUUCGAGCGCCCGCUGACGAGCGGGGUGGCGUACGCGGUGAAGGUCACGCACGCCGAGCGGGAGCUGUUCGAGCGCCAGCAGGGGUGGAGCAUCAAGAAGAUGUACUCCUCCAAGAAGCAGUCGACGGGGGCGGGGGACGCCGAGGUGCGGGAGCCCGCCGAGGAGUACGCUCCCGUCAUCUUCGCGCAGGACGCCUACAAACACGUCGUCUCCUUCGACAUGCUCUCCGGCAACGAGGACCGCGAAAACGUACUCCGAGCGAGAGAAUCUGGGAAGGGUGUUCUUACUGCACCUUUUAAACUGCUCAAUAAUCGCCUCGGAGUGAUCUCCACCUACACCGUGUACAAGACUGAGCUUCCCCCAAAUGCCAGGCCGCAGGAGCGCAUUCAGGCUGCUAUAGGCUAUUUGGGCGGCAUUUUUGACAUUGAAGCACUUGUUGAUAAGUUGCUUCGCCAGCUCGCAGGCAAGCAAUCCAUCAUGGUGAACGUUUAUGAUACUACUAAUGAGAGCCCAAUCAGUAUGUACGGUUCGAAUGAUACUGGUAGUGGCAUGUGCCAUGUCAGCACACUGAACUUUGGCGACCCGUCAAGGAAGCAUGAGAUGCACUGCAGGUUCAUGCAGAAGCCACCGUGGGCGUGGCUGGCAAUAACGUCAUCAUUUGGAACUCUUGUGAUUGCUUUACUGAUUGGAUACAUAAUUCAUGCUACUGUCAAACGGAUUGCCAAAGUUGAAGACGACUUUCAAGAGAUGAUAGAGCUCAAGAAACGUGCAGAGGCUGCAGAUGUUGCCAAAUCACAGUUCUUGGCUACAGUUUCUCAUGAGAUCAGAACUCCAAUGAAUGGUGUUCUAGGGAUGCUCCAAAUGCUCAUGGAUACUGAUUUGGACACAACACAACAGGAUUAUGUUAGAACUGCGCAAGCUAGUGGAAAGGCUUUGGUUUCACUCAUAAACGAGGUUCUUGAUCAGGCGAAGAUCGAGUCUGGUAAACUCGAGCUUGAGAUGGUGCCCUUCGAUCUUAGAACAGUUUGUGAUGACAUUUUGUCUCUCUUUUGUGGGAAAGCUCAGGAGAAAGGGCUAGAGUUGGCAGUGUAUGUUUCUCGCCAAGUUCCAGAAACACUAAUUGGCGAUCCUGGCAGAAUAAGGCAGAUCAUUACAAAUCUCGUUGGGAAUUCCAUAAAAUUCACAGAGAGGGGCCAUAUCUACUUGACAGUUCAUCUCGUUGAAGAGGUCAUGCAUUGUUUAGAGGUUGAGACAGGAACUCAGUAUGCAAAUACCUUAAGUGGCUAUCCAGUGGCAAACAGGAAGCACAGUUGGGAAAACUUUCGAAUUUUUAAUAUGGAACUGAACUCAUCUGAGAUGCCUUUUCUACCCGUUGCAUCUGACUCAGUAAGCUUGAUAAUAUCAGUUGAAGAUACCGGUGUUGGUAUUCCAUUCGAAGCUCAGUCCCGUGUCUUCACCCCUUUCAUGCAAGUAGGUCCAUCCAUUGCUCGCAUCCAUGGGGGCACUGGUAUUGGAUUAAGCAUCAGCAAAUGCUUGGUUGGUCUCAUGAAGGGAGAGAUCGGAUUUGCAAGUAAACCCCAAGUCGGUUCUACUUUCACCUUCACUGCAGUGCUUACGAGAGCCUGUUCCAGCGGAAAUGAGAAUAAAUCAUCAGAAUUUAAAGAGAUCAACGCAUUGGUGGUUGACCAUCGACUGGUCCGCGCCAAGGUAACCAAGUACCAUUUGCAGAGACUGGGAGUUCAGACCGAAUUGGCAACUGACCUAGAUCAGUAUAUUUCUAAAGUAAAUAGUGGAUUACGGAUUGCAAAGCUUGUGCUGAUUGACAAAGAAACCUGGCUGAAGGAAUCCCAUUCCAUUCCUCUGUUGGUUAGUAAAUUGAGGAACAAAGAUCAGCCAGACUCUACGAAGUUAUUUCUUUUGGAGAACCCUAAAAAUUCUCUCAGGAGCAGGUCACAUAUAUCCAGAGAAUACAACUUGAAUGUAAUUAUGAAGCCGCUUCGUGCAAGCAUGCUUCAGGUCGCUCUACAGAGAGCAUUGGGGGGGAUAGAUAAAGUGCAUUGCAGGAACGGAGUAGUUGGGAAUUCAACAUUGGGCAGCCUUCUUCACAAGAAGCAAAUCAUCGUGGUUGACGACAAUAUUGUAAAUCUCAAGGUUGCUGCAGGUGCUUUGAAGAAGUACGGUGCAGAAGUAACUUGUGCUGACAGCGGAAAAAAAGCAAUCGCACUGUUGAAACCUCCUCACAAUUUUGAUGCUUGUUUCAUGGACAUACAGAUGCCAGAAAUGGAUGGAUUUGAAGCCACAAGAAGGAUUAGAUCGAUGGAAAGAGAUCUAAAUGAGCAAAUAGAACGUGGAGAGGUCCUGCAAGAGUGUCCAAACAUCCGGCGGUGGAGAACCCCAAUAUUGGCCAUGACUGCAGAUGUCAUUCAAGCAACACACGAACAUUGCUUGAAAUCUGAAAUGGAUGGUUAUGUUUCCAAGCCAUUUGAGGGUGAGCAAUUGUACAGUGAAGUAGCCCGCUUUUUCCUAAAUCAAGACGAAGUUCAGUAGGUAGGCUCAUAUGGAAUGUAAAAUAGUGGAGGAUAUCGCCACCAGUUCACCCAUCGGGGCACAAACAGUUUUGUCAAAGAUCCCAUGUUCUCAAGAGUGGGCAGCAAUUUGCAGAGUUAGGGGCCCUAUUAAAACGCUAGAAUGCUGGGAUGUGGCUGCAGUUAGGUGGAAACAUUUCAGGCUGGAGAUGGAACCAUCAAUGUUCAAUUCCUUGGUGCACCAUCUGACCGGGCUGCAAAACUGAAUGUACAAUUUCUUGAAGGCGUGUGAAAAGUCCAGCAGCAUUCACUAACUGCAGAUGUCCUCUGCCACUGUAAUAUAGACAUAGGGGGAGAUUUUCGUUCCAGCUUUUCGCCCAGGAACUUACAGUUGUACAUAUUAGGUCUUGGUUGUUUGUGCAGGCAUUUUUGUAUGCAUCUUCUUCGCCGUGUAUGGGUGUCGAAGCUGUAAAAUGUAAAUGACACAUUCAAAGAUGGAAGUUUUGUUUGACAAAAACAUCGGUCGCCAUCGUCACCACUCA